GGACAUCUCCGCCUGCAUCAUCGCGCGGCGUCCAACCCAGCCGACAACCACCCCCCCUCUCCCUUGAGCAGCCUCCGUGAGUACCCUAGACCCCAAUUUAAAAGCAUACAAAGCCGCACAGGCUGCCAGGUUUUUGAUCGCUAUAUACCACGUCCACACUUUCAACCCGCUGACCCUUCGAGUAUUUAGAAGCUUGAAGCGCACUUUGUUGCCACGAGUUGCAGUGCGACUCAACCAGAGUUAACAUCCACACCCCACCUUUGCAACUCAACCCGGCCCCACAUCCAUUCGAGUCGAGCACAACAACUCUAGUAACCUUUAACUGGGCUUCAAGAGUCACAUUUUCAUAAUAUCCCCGAAUAUCAGCCGGCGCAUUCAAAAUGGCCUUUGCAACGCAGGCCCUCCACCAGCUGCGCCGGUACUCCACCCAGCUCCCACGCGACCCACACUACAAGCUGAAAGCCACGCUGAUGACGGGGUACUUGGUGUCUGCAUUCACACUUCCCUUCGUGCCACCGCUGUUGGAGACUAGACGCACGAGGGCAGACGGCACCUACUUGACGAGGGAGAAUGUGUACUGCAGCUCGCAGUAUCUAGGCUGUGCGAGAUAAGUGGAUGUUAUUUUGCAUACCACCCAUCGAAUUUGUCCCUAUCCCCAAGUUCUAAACACCCCAAUUUCUGCGAUUCCUCUUAUUCCAUUCCAUCUUGCGCCACACGACCCAGUCUCCUUCGUCUCGGCAUACCCUUUCCAACCUAACCAUUCAUACCCCAGCAUAUUCCAACAGCAUUCCUGUUUACCUUGGUCUCUUGAUAUGCAUACUAGGCGUUUUUGGCACCGCUUGCCCUAGUCGGUUCUUCAUUUUGGCGUUUUACAGGCAAGGCAUACAGUAUUGGUGGGUGGGCGGGGGUAGGGGCAUUUGUUAGUAUUGGGUAUGAUGCACGUAGGAGGGAUUUUGGUAUCGGUCUGUAGCUAUCCAAGAGAGGCUAGAAAUUGAAUAAUACGAUUCC